CGCCCAAUUGUCGGAAGAGGGCUUGUAGAAACAUGGGGAUUUAAAUUUUUUCGCUUCAUUUUUCCCCUCCCCCCUCUUUCCCAAGCCCCCGAGACCCAAGCCCCCCAGACCGCCCAUCCGUGCAGCUCAGCACCACCGCAUAGCCAGCCAUCUUCCGCGCCGCCGGCCUCAGAUUAAGUGAGAUACCGCGAGAGAGAGAGACAGACAGACAGACAGACUGCGAGUCAUUGGUUCGAUCGUGUUUGCAGCAGAGUCAAGUUUUUGAACUCGAAUCUUAAAUUUUCUUUCUUGACAAAAACUCGGACAGGCAAUCUUUGGUAGUAGAAGAAUGCCAAAGGUGAAAACAAACCGUGUUAAAUACCCGGAGGGCUGGGAAUUAAUUGAGCCUACUCUUCGCGAACUGCAAGCAAAGAUGAGAGAAGCUGAGAAUGAUCCACAUGAUGGGAAAAGAAAAUGUGAGGCAUUAUGGCCUAUUUUUAAAAUAGCACAUCAGAAGAGUCGCUAUAUUUUUGACCUUUACCACCGCAGAAAGGAAAUAUCCAAGGAAUUGUAUGAAUUCUGUCUGGAUCAAGGCUAUGCUGACCGCAAUAUAAUUGCAAAAUGGAAAAAGCCGGGUUAUGAACGUCUCUGCUGCUUAAGAUGCAUUCAACCACGGGAUCACAAUUUUGCUACCACGUGCGUGUGCCGAGUGCCAAAGCAUCUGAGAGAGGAGAAGGUUAUCGAGUGUGUCCAUUGCGGUUGUAAGGGCUGUGCAAGUGGGGACUAAUUUUUCUCACCUUCCAUGAACGACAAGAUCCCGGUGCCAUGUACUUGUCAGCAAUAUGUCUAAACUUCAUCUUGGUUAUCAUCCUGAAGCUGGCCCUUAGCAUGUGGUAUUAGGAUUGUCUUUUUUCUUUUUCUUUUUUUGGGGGGGUGGGGGGGGCACCGUGACAGAUUGUUUUGAUAAUUAAGCAGACAUAUAAAGAGCAUAGUUCGACAAUCUUUGCUAUCA